GGAAACGGCGGGGAGGACGAGGACGGACGAGCAGGUGUUUCCAGGUUGUGAGCACUCGUUUUAAGUCAUCGUGGUGUCGCCAUGUUUCCUGUGAUGCUUCUCUUCCUGCUGUCGCUGACGGCAACGUUGACGGUGAUGGCUCAGGACUCUGACUUUUCUACCGAUCAACAGAAGAACAACAUUGGUACGAAAUUCAUUGUUGCGUUUCCGGAGAAUAUCGCCUAUUAUCAUCCCAUUCUGCCGUUUAACAGCAUCGAAGUCACCGCCCUGUACGACCAGACAAAGGUCCAGAUCAAGAUGCACAAUCAGGCAUUCUGGCUGGAGACACUGACAGCUGGACAGACCAGGAAUGUCUUCAUUGAUGUCUCACUGGAACUCAAGAAAACAAACAUGUCUAACAAAUCUGUGGUCGUCCUCAGCAACAAGGACAUCGUAGUCAACGCCAUCACCUUGAAAGACAACAGUGUGCAGACAGCUCUGGUCAUACCCACAGACAAACUGAGCACCAGGUACCUGAUCCCGCCUCUGCCCAACAUCAUAGGAGCCACAGUAGACACCUCACUGGCUGUGACCGAGAGAAGACCGUUCAAGCUGGUCAUAAUCAGUGGCGACCGACCGACUACAGUGUCCGUGGUCGGAGAAAACCCCCAAGAAUUCUCACUUCAGCCUCAGCAGGUGGCUCAGAUCCUGGUCAAAAAGGAGGACAAACUAAAAGAAGUGCAAACUGACCAUCCGGUGGCCGUCCUUCUCUCUCAUGCUUGUGUUCUGAGAAGCAGCUGCACUUGUGGACUUCUGCAGAGCACGCUGUCGCCCGCUAAAAACCACACCCUGAGGUUCUUCAUUCCUCCUGCUCUGGCCAGUAGUACAAGCAACACAUCGAUUCUUGUGAGUUCCUCCUUAUUAGUGGACUAUGACCCAACCUCCCCACUGCUGGAGACGAGCGGUGCAGCCAUCCUCUACCGCCCGGGUUUACUCCUCAACCUGAUCCCAGAGACGGACUUCGCCUCCUGCUUUGUGGUCAAUGGCAUCAGUUUGAUGGAGAACUCCAUUGUGAUUGUAAUCCACAAGGAUUUCACAGACGGGGUUCGACUUGGAGACGCUUCUCUGUCGAGUCCGGGCUGGCAGAAGCUGCAAGGAACCGAUUACAUGUCAACAGACGUCGUUGUGGAGCCAGGGAAGCACGUCGUGUGGCACACGUACGCCAACAUGGCCGUCUACUUUUUAGGGAGCAAAAGUGACGUUCCGUAUGGUAAUCCAGCAGCCGCCAUCAGCACCAGCCCAGAUUUCAGAGGUUGUGUCGUGAUUCCAGAGGUCUUGUUAAUCGGAGACGUGGCGGCCGGUUGGCGUGAGUCGGUGAAGUUCUGCCGGGACAGAGACCUGGAGCUGGUCAGCCUCUCCAGCUCUGAAAACAUAACACACAUCUACACAGAGAUAGAAAAAGCCAAGAACGGCAGUGAGGAGGACGCGUGGAUCGGCCUGCGCCGCAGCUCCCACAACGGCGAGUGGUACUGGCUGAACGGCGAGGACGUCGACGACGUCAAAUGGGACGACGGAGAACCCGGCGCCAUGAAUGCCGGUCAGUGCGCCAUCAUGAGUCUGAAGAGUGGCAAUAACCUUCGGUUGAGGGACGACGACUGCUGCAUAGCUGCACGUCCUGUCUGCUACAGGAAGCCCCUCCUCUUCCCUCUGUAGUGGUACAGUCCGGCACGGCGUCAGUCAUGCCAUGAGUGAUGUCAUGUGACCUGUGGUAGUCAUGUAGCUGUGAGGUUUGUGCAAAAGCAUUUAGAAACAUAAUCUUUACAUCCUGGUAACUGUUAAUCAUAAUAACUCUAAUAACCCUAAGUGCUAACCCUAACACAUCAGUGAUUAUUAACUGGCGGGGACACAGGAGCUGCUGGUCCUCUGCUGCCUCGUGUGGUCACUUUGUGUCACUGAGCUAAAUCUGACUUUGGUGUGAGAGAGUGAGUGGUUUACAAACUUCAGUUUCCUGUUGGAAAAGUCUCACAGUGAGAUUAAGACGUGAACAUGUAAUGUAGAUAACGUAGACUGUGACACGAAGAUUGUUUCACACAGAGCGCCUGAGUCUCAGCAACAGGGGGCGCUCUCAGUGCAGUAAGCUGUUUUUUAACAAAUACCUAACUUAAUAUUCCGCAAUUGUCCCUUUAAUGUGUGAUCACAUGACUAUUAAAACUAUCAAACCAUCA